UGCAUAUCCUGCGCAUGUAAAUGCAUAAUAAUCAACCCAUGGAUCUAUGAUCAACCUAUGAGAGGGAAGCGUAGGAACUGACAAAACAUAAACUAGACGAUGUUGCUGCAGUAUCGUGGCUCUGCUGCUAAGAGAAAUUUCCUCUUAAUUGUGCUCGUGGUCUGUUUGAAUUUCAUUUAUAUCAAAGCAACUUGCACUAUUGGAUCAAUUCGUCUUGUUGGAGGAUCUACUGAUUCGGAAGGACGUGUUGAAAUAUGCAGAUAUAAUUACUACUUUCGUGGUAAUAUCUAUGGUACUAUCUGUGAUGAUUUAUGGGAUACUCGUGAUGCUAUGGUGGUAUGUAGGCAGUUAGGAUAUACAUCAGGGAUUGCAUAUAACAAUUCGCAUUUUGGACAAGGAUCAGGAGUCAUAGUAAUGUCUAAUGUCCAGUGUACUGGAUCUGAAUCAUACCUUACUAGCUGCCCUCAUACAAUUCAUCAUAAUUGUGAUCACUCUAAAGAUGCUGGAGUCAGUUGUGAAGGAGCUAGUCAAGUAGGAGCUAUUGUUGGAGGGGUAGUUGGUGGUAUUGUUUUCCUAAUCUGUGUAUGUGCAGUGAUUGUUAUAUGUGCAUGUGUACUGCAUUCCAAAUCAAACUGCUCCAGAGCUAGAGCCAGGCAAGCAGCUCCUGCAGUUCAAAUGAGAUCAAUUCCAGCACAAACUACUAGUACUACAACUGGAGCUUAUAAACAAUCACAAUCCCAGUCUAAGGCAGAAAAUCAACCUCCUCCUCCAUCUUACUCAGAUUAUAUGGAGCAGCAGAAAGUCUAUUCACAACAAACUGCACCAAUGACUUAUCCUGGUCAUGCUGUACAAGGAUAUCCUCAACAGGAUUAUUCUCAAACUGGUUAUCCCCAGCAAGUACCUUAUCCACAGCAGCAGCAGCAAGAAGCACCAGUUGGGUAUCCACAGCAGGAGCCACAAGGAUAUGGAGGAACAAACCCUGGUACUCAUGAGUCUACUGGCAUUCGUGAUGAACCACCACCUCCUUAUUGAGCUCAUUCAUGUUAUGUUUUAUUUUUUGUACUACCUAUUAUGUGCUCUUAUUUCAAUAGUCAACAUUUAUUUUAUUUUCUGUCAGAAUAGUUUAAUGCAAAUUCUAUAUUUUGUGUUUGGGUUAAAAA